GUCUUGAAGUUCUGGCGGGCGUUCUUCCGCUGAAACAUCGAUUCUGGGACCUCUCAUAUCGAUUGCUCAUUCGAUGCGAUAUUCUGAACUCAUUGGUGAUUGCAAAUUGCGAAAGGCAUAAUGUCAACCGUGCUCAUCUUUUAGAUACUUCUGAUCCAACUGUAUUUUUCGAUACAUCCAUGAAGGAAGAGAUUUGUGGAAUUCCGGAUCAUAUUCGCCCACAAGUGGUCCCAAAUAUUUUCUAUAACAAAUACCAUCAAGUCGACUGCGCCAAAAUGUUCUACACUGACGGAUCGAUUCUCGACGGGUCCACAGGCUUCGGUAUCUUCAACGAGAAUCUUGCUGCCUCAUUCAAACUCAAUGAUCCUGCUUCAAUUUACGUCGCAGAAUUAGCUGCCAUUCAGUACACUCUCGGGAUCAUUGACACCCUGACCUCAGACCAUUACUUCAUCGUUUCGGAUAGUGUUGUGGUAGCCAGCCCCCUGGUUUGUAGGACUGGGUAGGUUAUACACAGCAAUACGUACAAGCAGUUUACGGUGUAGAGAAAAUUGAUGACGGGACAAGCUGUCAUUUCUGAACAGAUAGAAGGUGAAGGAAGGCUAACAAUUGGAAUACCUAAAUUAAACCUACAAUUUGUUAAAUCUACUAAAUAUUAAUAAUUCCUUAAUGCUAAUCUUAACGCUAUUUCGGUAUCACAGGAUCGCUUAAAACUAUCUUAAGAUACGUAAGUAAACUUAAAUAUACAAAUAUCGCCUUAAUCUAACAUGCAAAUGAUAUGUACAGGUGAUUGAAUAUCGGAACACCUCCACGUGGUGUAGACCGUUUAAAGAUAAUUGAGAAUAAGGUUAGUGUAGACAUACAUGCUUAAAACUUAAAGAAGUUAACAGUGUUCUUGAAACUUCUAACCGCAGAUUAGUAAAAACCCGGCGAACGCGAUUUGCUGACCGUUUUUAAGAGCCUUUUUGGGGCUGCAGGAGGAAAAACAAAAUUUCUUUAAGCUGCCAACUAAAAAAGGCUGCUCUAAGGAUUGUUAAUCCUCACAUCCGAACAAACUUAAAGAAAUUUUUGGUGAAUUUUCGGAUCUAACCUCAAAUAUGGCUGAUGAGAAGGAAUCAGCGGAAGCUGUUGGUCGAAGCUGCAUCCACUGCGACGAUGAUGAUUACGCUGACGAUAUGGUCCAGUGCGACCGCUGCGACUCGUGGGCCCAUUUUCGCUGUGCCGGUGUGACCGAAGCGGUGAAGGAUGCGUCGUGGAACUGUUCGAAAUGCAGCACCCUGCUGCAAGUACCGAUUCGUACCGACAAGAAGGCGCCCAGUAAGAAGGGGCCGACGAAGAAGACCACAAAGAGCGAUGGUGGCUCAGAAUCCGGUAGAGGUGCGAAUUUGGAAAUUUCCCUCCAACAGAUGGAGUUGCAGCAUAAAGCUCUGGAAUCAGAGUUAGAAGAGAAGAAAAUCAUCCAUGAAAAGCGACUCGAAAUGGAGCGCUUAAUUUUAGAAAAGCGAAAGGCACAGCGAAAGGAAAUGCUGGCGAAGGAGAAGAAACUGAUGGAGCAGCAGUUAGCAGACGAACGGGAGUUCUUGGAGCAACAGAAAAAACUCCGAGUUAACUUCCAGCGAGCUCGUGAAGAGCUAUUUUGCCUGCCCGAAGGCGACCAAGAAGAAGGCGCUAUCGAAAGAGAAGGAACCUCCGACAAGGUGCGGAUGUGGAUGGAGUCCAUUCCAACGGAUCCACGAGGGGCUUAUUCAAAGGACCUGCGACGGGCUGGAUGCAAUCCAUCAGAAACCAAAGCAAAUGACGUAAAGAAAAAUAAAGUAGAAUUCCCAAUACCCAAGCAAGUGCCCGGGGAUUUGUGCGGUCGGAAAUCAGGCACAGUUGAUCGUAAGCAACCAACGCUAAUGCUAAACGGGUCGGGGUUGAAUUCAACUGGCAAUUCCCACCAAAGCAAGUUUUCCCAUAAUCAAAAGGGGAACGCAUUUCUACGGUCGUUGUUGCUGGACAACGAAGAAAACGAGGAGCAAGAUGAGGAAGAGGAACAAGACUCAAUAUUGCAGCAGGAAUUAACGGAGGAGGAAGAAACCGUUCUUCGGAAUCUUGUAAAUCGCCGAAGACAGAACCGAACGGGGUUUCAGCGAGCAGGGCCAGCUAGAGGACCAACUCCGGAACAGCUAGCCGCGCGACAUGCAGUGUCAAAACAUCUUCCUAUCUUCAAAGGGGAAGCGGAAGUUUGGCCGCUCUUCAUAAGUUGCUAUGAAACUACUACAGCAGCUUGUGGAUUCACCAAUACAGACAACCUGAAGAGACUCCAGGACAGCCUUCAGGGUCUGGCGAAAGAAGCUGUGCAGAGUCGCUUAUUACUGCCAGAGUCGGUUCCCGAGGUAAUCGAGGAUCUCCGCAAGUUAUUCGGCAAUCCGGAAAAGCUACUGAAAUCGCUGGUAGCUAAAGUCCGUAGAGCUCCAGGACCAAGUCUGGAUAGACUUGAAAGUUUCCUCUACUUCGGGAUCACUGUUAAACAGUUAUGUGAUCAUCUCGAAGCCGCUGGACUACAUGAUCAUCUGAGUAAUCCGAUGCUAGUGCAGGAGCUGGUUAGUAAGCUACCAUCCGAGUAUAAACUGGACUGGGUACGCUUCAAGCGGGGAAAGAUAGGGACUCCGCUUAGGCUGUUUACUGAUUUUACCAACGAAAUCGUAUCAGAAGUAUCGGAAGUAGCCGAAUUUAGUGGCCUAGAAACAAAGGGGCAGAGAGAGGUCGGAAAACCUAAGGGAAAGAAGGAGUUUAUGCACACCCAUUCAGCACAAAACGUCCAGCCGUACGUAGCUCAUUCCACGUCGGCUCCCAAAGGAAAAAGACCGUGUGUCGUUUGCAAGAGAACGGACCACAAAGUGCGAUUUUGUGACGACUUUGAGAAACUAACACUACGAGAUCGACUGAAGUUAGUAGAGAAGUAUAAGCUCUGUGCAUUAUGUCUGUGUGAGCACGGCCGAACUCGCUGCACGUUCAAUGUUCGGUGUAACAUAGACCAUUGCAAAGGUGGGCAUCAUCCAUUGCUCCAUCGCACUGAAGAGCUCGUUCAGGUGGCUGAUGUCGAAUGCAACACUCAUCUUCGCUCAAACCGUUCAGUCCUUUUUCGCAUAUUACCGAUAACUUUGCAUAAUGGCAAGUCGUCUGUAAAUUUGAUCGCUUUCUUGGACGAAGGCGCAUCUGCAACAUUGCUGGAGAGCACAGUAGCAGACAAGUUGAAUGCUGACGGUGUUCCAGAACCAUUGGUGGUUCACUGGACAGCGAAUGUGAAGCGGCAUGAGGACCAAUCUCGACGGUUGGAUUUGUUGAUCUCCCCGAGAGGAUCAAACACUAAACACCAGCUGAAGGGUGUUCGUACGGUAAAGAAUUUGAUGCUGCCAAUACAGAGCAUCAAGAUUCAAGACCUGGCGAAUCGUUUCGAGCAUAUGAAAGGCUUGUCUGCAAACGAUUACGACGCCGAUGCACCGCAAAUAAUUAUUGGCCUGGACAAUUUACACUUGUUCGCGCCAUUGGAGUCACGAGUAGGUGGAGUAGGAGAACCGAUUGCCGUCCGAUCCGCGCUAGGCUGGACAGUGUACGGACCAGAUAAACCGGUGUCAUCGGCAAAAGCGUUCGUGAACCACCACAUCACUCAUACCGUAAGCAACCAAGAGUUGCAUGAGAUGCUUGGAGCACAAUAUGCAUUGGAAGAGCUCUCUACAUCGAUGGUACCCCUUGCUGAAUCCAACGAAGAUAAACGGGCGCGUGAUAUUCUGCAGAAAACAACCGUUCGAGUAGGGGAUCGAUUUGAGACGGGACUGCUAUGGAAAAACGAUGUUCCUGACUUUCCAGACAGUUACCCGAUGGCGGUGCGUCGCUUGAAGGCGUUGGAGAGGCGGCUUUCCAGAAAUCCGGAACUACAGCAAAACGUUUUCCAGCAAAUCGUGGAGUAUCAGCGCAAAGGGUACUGCCACAAGGCAACAAAAGCAGAGUUGGGCGAGACAGCGACGAACAAGGUGUGGUAUUUACCGCUGAACGUGGUGCUUCAUCCAAAGAAGCCUGAUAAAGUCCGGUUGGUGUGGGACGCUGCUGCCGCAGUCAAUGGGACAUCACUCAACUCUAACUUAUUGAAAGGUCCCGAUCUACUUACUUCGCUGCCAGCAGUGAUAUGCAAAUUUAGGGAAAAGAGUGUUGCCUUCGGCGGUGACGUGCGCGAAAUGUACCACCAGCUGCGCAUACGAGAGGCGGAUAAACAGGCUCAGCGCUUUCUGUUUCGUUUUGAGUCCAGUCGUCCUCCCGAGGUUUACGUAAUGGACGUAGCAACGUUCGGGUCAACCAGCUCUCCGUGCUCGGCACAAUUUGUCAAAAAUUUAAAUGCCGAGGAGUAUGCAGGACAGUUUCCAGAUGCAGCGAAGGCUAUCGUGGAACGCCAUUAUGUCGACGACUAUUACGACAGCGUCGACUCAGAAGAAGAAGCCGUAAAGCGUGCCAAAGAGGUGCAUUUCAUCCACUCGAAGGCCGGGUUCGAAAUCAGAAAUUGGGCAUCGAAUUCGGAGAAGGUUCUACGGGAAUUAAAAGAACCGAACCAGGAGCGAACGAUACACUUUCACCAGGACAAGGUCACCGAUCGGGAGCGAGUACUGGGUCUCAUCUGGGACACGAAAUGGGAUGUGCUGUCUUUCUCGAUUCCGGCUCAGGACGAAGUCAUAAGUUCCGGAAUGCGCCCGACCAAGCGUCAAAUCCUGAGCAUCGUCAUGUCUCUUUUCGACCCGUUGGGUUUGCUUACUCCAUUCACCGUGCUGGGCAAAAUGUUGGUUCAAGCUCUUUGGCGGACCGGGUGUGAUUGGGAUGAGCCUAUCGACGAUGAUUCUAAUGCCAAAUGGCAACAGUGGACUGAGAUGCUACCGGAAAUAGAACGAGUGCGAAUACCCCGGUCUUAUUUUGGGAAUCUUCACUCAGACAGUUACGGCCAAAUCCAGUUGCACGUGUUUUGUGACGCUGGUGAGAAUGCGUAUGGUUGCGUAGGUUAUCUGCGAAUUGUCGUCAACCAAGAGGUGAGCUGUUCUUUAGUAAUGGCUCGAUCUAAAGUUGCUCCACUAAGGCAGCUAACGAUACCGCGACUGGAGCUGCAGGCCGCAGUGCUAGCAGCACAAAUGAUAAAGGCGAUUCGACAAAACCACUCACUUGAAAUACAUCGAGUUUUCAUUUGGAGUGACUCGCAGACAGUUCUGUCGUGGAUACGGUCGGAUCAACGAAAGUAUAAACAGUUCGUCGGUUUUCGGAUCGGGGAAAUACUGAGCUUGUCAAACCUGUCAGAUUGGAGAUGGAUUCCGUCGAAACUGAACAUCGCUGACUGCUUGACCAAGUGGGGACGUAUGCCCUCCAUGGAGCCUGGAAGUUCCUGGUUCAGAGGACAAGAAUUCAUUUGCCAAGCACCGGAAACGUGGCCACAGCAAGUCUUACCUCCAGCAAACACGACGACAGAAAUGCGGGCGGUUUUUCUCUUCCACGACAUAGUGCUGACCGGACCUUUCAUCGACACCAAUCGAAUUUCCAAAUGGAAUGUCCUCAUCAGAACGGUAGCUUGUCUAUACCGUUUCAUCUCCAAUUGCCGAAGAAAAUGCCGUGGUCAAUCUAUCGAAACCCUUGAGCCUACGGCGAAUCAAGAAAAGCUGAUCCGGGGAGCGCUAACAGCAACCAGAGUUGGACUACAGCAGGGAGAAUAUCGGAGAGCCGAAGAAGCUCUGUUCCGGAUGGCUCAAAGUGACGCGUUCGGAGACGAAAUAAAAACUCUCCGAAAAAAUCAGGAAUUGGAACAAGACCAAUGGAUACCCUUGGAGAGAUCGAGUCCACUCCACAAGAUGACGCUACUGUUGGACUCUUCCGAAGUUCUACGGUUCGAGGGACGAACCGCAAAUGCCGAGUUUUUGCCGUUCGAUUUGCGAUUCCCUAUAGUAUUACCCAAAGAUAACGCAGUGACGGCAAGACUGGUACAAUAUUUUCAUGCAAAGUGUGGUCAUGCCUUCAGGGAGACGGUAAAGAGUGAAAUUAAACAACGGUUCGUGAUUCCAAAGCUCAGCUCCGUCGUCGCUAAUGUGGAGAAACAUUGUGUUUGGUGUAAGGUCCACAAGAAUAGACCAAGCGUACCACGAAUGGCUGCGCUACCAAUUCAAAGGCUCACACCAUACCAGCGACCGUUUACAUUCGUGGGGGUCGACUAUUUGGGGCCAGUAGAAGUUACGAUCGGACGGCGCGCGGAAAAAAGGUGGAUUGUCGUUUUCACGUGCUUGGUCGUUCGUGCCAUUCACUUAGAGGUGGCUCACAGCCUCAAUACCCAGUCAUGCUUGAUGGCCAUCAGGCGCUUUACUUGUCGCCGAGGAUCGGUUGCAGAAUACUUCUCGGACAACGGGACCAAUUUUCGUGCGGCGAGCAAAGAAAUCCAGCAGCUGUACCGUGACGUGCAGAAGGCGUGCGCUGAAGAGCUGACGGAUGCGAGGACGCAGUGGCAUUUUAACCCCCCUGCUGCUCCCCAUAUGGGGGGAGUGUGGGAGAGAAUGGUUCGGACGGUGAAAGAGGUGAUGAGCGCUCUGAACGACGGGAGGAGAUUAACCGAAGAAAUUCUUCAAACUACAUUGUGUGAAGCUGAGGAUAUGAUCAACAGUCGGCCGCUGGUAUUCGCUCCGCAGGAGUCUCCUUUGCCUGCACUAACACCAAAUACUUUCCUUCGGGGAUCAUCUCCCAACGAGCCACAGGAGGUUGUUGUACCAACGAACGUUGCACAUGCUCUGCGAGAUUCAUAUAAGCGAUCUCAGCUACUAGCAGAUGAAAUGUGGAAGCGGUGGAUAAGGGAAUAUGUUCCCAGCAUCAAUAGUCGGACGAAGUGGUUUACAGAAACGCGCCCGCUGCAGAAAGGUGAUCUAGUGUACGUGGUAGAAGGAGAUCGACGGAAAUCUUGGAUGCGGGGUGUCAUAGAGAAACCGAUUAUGUCCAGCGACGGACGAGUGAGACAGGCGAUCGUGCGAACAAACAGCGGUACCUAUAAACGUCCGGUCGCAAAACUGGCGGUUCUGGAGAUUGCUGAGGGUAACGCUGAUCCGGUGAAAGGAGCCGGAACAGGAUUACGGGUCGGGGAUUGUUGUGGUAGCCAGCCCCCUGGUUUGUAG